AUGGCCACCUCUGCUUCUAGUUCCAGCUCUUCCUCUGUUGCUCCUAUGCCCAACGUUUCCAACGUGUUGACCGUCAAGUUGGAACGUAAUACCUAUCCUUUAUGGCUUGCGCAAAUUGUGCCGCUUCUUCGUAGCCGCUCUCUUAUGAAAUAUGUUGAUGGUACCAGCCUCUGCCCUCCUGCUUUUCUCUCUGAUGAUACUGGUACACAAACUGACAAGAUGAAUCCGGCUUAUGAGGACUGGAUCCAACAGGAUCAAAUGGUGUUGUCCUGGCUUAAUGGGUCUUUUUCUCCUGCUGUGCUUGCCACCGUUGCUUGUUCUACCUCUGCGCAUCUCACUUGGUUAUAUCUUGAGAAACGUUAUGCUUCCCAAAAUCAAAAUCAACUCCUCCAGCUUCGUGGUGACUUUCUGCAAACUACUCGCGGUGAUCUCUCCAUUGCUGACUUUCUUGACAAGGUGAACUCUCUGGCUGACAACCUUGCUCUUUCUGGCUCCCCUGUGAGUGACUCUGAUCUUGUUGCUAUUAUCAUGAACAACGUGGGUCCUUUAUAUGAGACUACUGUUAGUUCUGCCCAAGCUCGUGAUUCUCCCAUUACUUAUGAUACUCUUGAGGCUCUUCUUCUUAGUGCUGAACGCCGGCUCCAACCUGUCCAACUCCCUAGUUCUGCCCUUGGAGGUACUGCUAUGGUUGCUUCACGUGGACGUGGUGGUUUUCGUGGCCGUGGCUCGUUUGGACAGCGUGGUGGCCGUGGUUUCCGUGGUGGUCGUGGUUUUUCUGGCGGUUCCUCUUUUCAUGGUGGUCGUGGUAGUUUUUCUUCUUCCACAGCUGGUGUUCUUGGUGCGGCUCCAUUCUCUUCCAGCGGUGUUUCUUCUUCUUUCUCUGGCGGUGCUUCCUCAUCUUCGAUGGCUCCUGGUCCUGCUGCCUUUCCUUUUGGUUCACAGAUUAUGUGUCAAAUCUGUGGCCGUGGUGGUCAUGCCGCCUUGGAUUGUUAUAACCGCAUGAACCUUGCCUUUGAAGGUCGCGUUCCUACUCAGCAACCUGGAUCAUCCUCUUGGCUUAUGGAUACUGGUGCCAACUCUCAUAUUACUCCAGAUGUGGGUGCUUUGAACAAUCCCAGAGAAUAUCGUGGUACUGACUCCAUUGGUGGUGUCCUUGGUGGAACAGGUUUAACUAUAUCUCAUAUUGGUAGUUCCCAUAUUAUUAGACAUUACUCUAUUAAAAACAUUGUACAAUGA